AUGGACACCAGAACUUCAACAUGGUCUCAAUCCACGGGCUGCGAUGCCUCCCUACUGGAGAGUGUCAGCAGCACCGCCCAGCUCAAAGGGAAACGGGUGUCUGACGGGUACGAAUCGCCGCCUCUCCAACAUCUUCACACUUACGGAUCCAAGCCGCUGCCACCGGCACCUGCCAGGCGCUCAGUAGCCUCCUCAAUGAGGUCAGAGUUGAGUAACGCCUUCAGGACACCAAGACGAAGUAGUGAGUACGAGGACCGCCACUCGCACUACGAAAGAGACAGCCACCUGGACAACAUCUCGGUCAUGUUGGACGCCUCAGUAGCGGACCACGACAAGCGUCAGCGGAUGGCUCGUCGUACCAACUACUCUGAAGAUAGUCAUCUCAGUCCGCAGCCGAGUCCUCUUUACAGCAACCGCUUUAGCCAGGGUAGCUAUCGAAGCUUUUAUAGUCAAGGUAGCUAUCGGGGCUACCAGGACCAAAACCAUGACCCUCACCCUCCCCGACCCUCGGGCGCUCAUGCUUUCGAUCAUCAGUCAACCAGAUACGAAGAUCCUUACGUGCUCCCCAAGCUUGGCACUUCGUUCCCUUGCAUACCACCAGACGAGAUUCUUUCACCUCAGCCCAAGAGCUCCAUCUCCAAAAUCCUCCAAAUAGCCGGACAUGGGAGCAAGCCAGUCACAAGCCCAUCCAUCAAGUCCCCAACCGGACAUAACUCGGCAAAUAAGAUCAGCCAGAUAACGGGCCUUGACACUGCCGUGUCGACAUGGCAUGCCCGUGAAGGCUCGUUUCUGGAUGAUAUUUCACCCGUGUCGCCUGUCAGCUCUGCUGCAAGUCUGUAUAGCCAAGACCUCGAGACCACCAUCUCGGAACCAGAUGCGGAUUUGGGCUACACGAGGCCGCGGCGAUAUGAAGAUGUGUCCAGGGUGGCCGAACGACCGGCCAGUCAAGACGAAUCUUUCAGAUACUCCAAUUGGAUGCCUCAUUCGCCCGACUCGGUGCCGAUGGCGCUCAAUGUUCGCAAGUCGGGCAACAAGCAGGGAAACCACCAGCAGAGCCCAGCCGAGUCGUACAGGUCAGCCGGACGUCGUGCGAGUCGGACGCACGCCAACCCUAUUUCGCCUCAGCAGCGGCACGAUAGUAAUCUCGAAAUGGACCUUUAUCACGCCACCACGACGCAAAUAGCACGGAGCACGAAAGAGCCCCCGCUAGAUAAGCUAAUUGGCAAAGGCAAGCACGGCUACUCACCAAUGGGUCCCCAACUGGCAUGCAAUUUACUCGCCUCCUCGAUGUCUUCGAGACAGCAUAAAAGGGACGACCAAAACAAAAAACAUGACAGCUCGUCAUUGUCCUUCCUGGACCGCGUUCACCAGUCAAAGACCCGUAACGGACCGCCGACUGAGCUCCGCACCGGCGGCGAACGGUUGUCUGCUUUAGCUGUUCCAAAUACCAUGACCCCCAAGAUAAGGUCUGCGGCACCGACCCAGAGCGUCUUUGAUCCGGACAGCGAUGACGAGAGUAGUCGAGGGCCGUCGACCUUGGCCAAGAUGUUCAAGCGACACUCCGGGGGCGUCGUCGAAAUAAUCAGGACCACAACACCCAGUCAAGGGUAUUCCAGAGCGUCUCCCGCCGUAUAUGCGGCCGGUCCUGUGUCUGCCUCCUCGUCGACCUAUUCACUGACGGUGCCGCCGACGGUGAGCAGCGUGUCCAACCAAGAUCGCGUCGUCGUCGUCAACCGAACACUCAAGGCUGACGGACCUGAUACGCCAAUGCCACCCGGCAUGUUUCACAAGACUGGUGAACAUUUUCAGGGGCUGAUGGCCCAGGCCAAGAGCAUGAUGGGCAGCAAGUCGGAUCGCAAGCGCGAGAGUCUCAAGAGUAAGAUCAGGGUGAUUCCAGAAGGGGAGGUGAUUAGUGGAGGAGAUGGGAAACGGCGAUGA